UUACUGUCAGACAUUGUGUGAGAUGCGCUUUUUUCCAACGUAUUCGAUCAGUAUUCGAGGUAUCAUCACCAGAGGGCUUUGUGCUUGCUCGCGGAUGAGAGGCGGAUCUAGCGAGGCUAGCGUGCCAAGCCUGCCGUGUUUGGAGGCAGUGUGGCCGGGCAGUGUACUCCUUCUUCUGCGUCAUCUCACCGCUGACACUGCUUCUUCUCGCCGACCAUCAUGGCGACUCCCGCCGCCGUUAACCCGUCGGAGAUGGGCAAUGAGCUGCCUGGGACUGUAGCAAUGCCUGGGGCAGUUGGGUCCGGCCCGGUAAGAAUGGGAGGUGCUGUGCCAGGCCGAGGAGGCAAGAGAAGAUCAGGAGGAAUGGACUUUGAUGACGAGGACGGAGAGGGACCAAGCAAAUUUUCAAGAGAAAACCACAGUGAGAUUGAACGACGCCGACGCAAUAAAAUGACACAGUACAUCACGGAGCUGUCAGACAUGGUCCCUACCUGCAGUGCACUGGCCCGUAAACCUGACAAGUUAACCAUUCUGCGCAUGGCAGUCUCUCACAUGAAAUCAAUGCGGGGCACUGGAAACACGUCUACUGAUGGAGCUUAUAAGCCCUCCUUUCUCACUGAACAGGAAUUGAAGCAUUUGAUCCUGGAGGCUGCGGAUGGUUUCCUGUUUGUUGUGGCUGCAGAGACGGGACGCGUGAUCUAUGUUUCUGACUCGGUGACACCCGUGUUGAACCAUCCCCAGGCUGAGUGGUUUGGCAGUACCCUCUAUGAACAGGUCCACCCAGAUGAUGUGGACAAGCUAAGGGAACAGCUCAGUACUUCUGAAAACUCCAUGACAGGGCGGAUUCUCGACCUAAAGACAGGAACCGUGAAAAAGGAGGGGCAGCAGUCCUCCAUGAGAAUGUGCAUGGGCUCCCGGCGCUCCUUCAUUUGUCGCAUGAGGUGCGGAAGUGCUCCUCUGGAUCACAUCUCACUAAACCGUCUGUCCAAUAUGAGGAAGAGAUACAGAAACGGCCUUGGACCGUCUAAGGAAGGAGAGGCUCAGUACUCUGUGGUUCAUUGCACUGGCUAUAUCAAAGCAUGGCCCCCUGCAGGUAUGACAGUUCCAGAUGAAGACACAGAAUCAGGGCAGACUGGGAAGUACUGCCUCGUGGCAAUUGGAAGACUACAGGUGACAAGCUCUCCAGUCUCCAUGGACAUGAAUGGUCUCUCUGUACCCACAGAGUUCUUGUCACGCCACAAUUCAGAUGGUGUUGUCACAUUUGUCGACCCACGAUGCAUAAACGUCAUUGGCUAUCAGCCUCAGGACCUGUUGGGGAAAGAUAUUCUGGAGUUUUGUCAUCCUGAGGACCAGAGUCACCUUAGAGAAAGUUUUCAACAGGUGGUGAAGUUAAAGGGUCAAGUUCUGUCCGUGAUGUACCGUUUCCGCAUGAAAAAUAGGGAGUGGAUGCUGAUCCGAACCAGCAGUUUUACCUUCCAGAACCCCUACUCUGAUGAGAUUGAAUAUAUUAUCUGCACCAACACAAAUGUCAAACAGCUUCAGCAGCAGCAGGCAGAAUUAGAGGUUCACCAGAGAGAUGGACUGACUGCCUACGAUCUUUCCCAGGUUCCUGUGCCCAAUGUGAGCAGUGGUGUGCUUGAGGCAGGGAAGAACAUUGAAAAGCCAGAAGCUCUUUUCUCUCAGGAGAGAGACCCACGCUUUGCUGAGAUGUACACCAACAUCUCUGGCUCGGGAGACAAGAAGAUGAUGGUUCCUUCCUCUACAGCAGGAGGACAGCAGCUCUACUCUCAGAGCUCUCCAUUCCAGCAGGGACACACUGGCAAGAGCUUUAGUUCCUCUGUGAUCCAUGUCCCAGGUGUAAACGACAUUCAACCAUCAAGUUCAUCCAAUCAGAACCUUGCUCAAAUCUCGAGACAACUUAACCCAGGACAAGUGUCUUGGUCAGGCAACCGACCCCCCUUCUCUGGUCAGUCAAGUAAGGCCCAGUCCAGUCCGUUUGGUAUUGGUACGGGCCAUAGCUACCAGACCGAUGCAGCCUCGUACAGUCCACUCUCAUCCCCAGCCACCUCCUCUCCAAGUGGCAACGCCUACUCAGGACUGACAAACCGCAGCACAGCUUUUGACGUGUCAGCAGAGAGCAGCCAGACUGGAGCUCAGUUUCAGGGUCGACCCAGUGAAGUCUGGUCACAGUGGCAGAACCAACACCACUCCCAACAGGCUGGGGAGCAGCACACACACCCUAAUCCCACCCAGACUGAAGUCUUCCAGGACAUGUUACCUAUGGCUGGAGAUCCCACCCAAGGAACUGCCAACUACAACAUUGAGGACUUUGCUGACCUCGGCAUGUUCCCACCCUUCUCCGAGUAAAAGUCACUCUUCGUCCUCACUGGAGGAAGCGAACUUAUGUUGGCAUCAAUCUAUUGUGUGGCGUUUUCAUUGGAUUGACGGCUUGAACCCAUAAAGCAUGCACACAAAUAUUCAGUGCACACUUUUGGAGCGUCUGCAGUACAUCAACAUACCUCAUCACUGAAUGACGAGUCAGAUGGAAGCUACCUCAGUCAACGUGCAACACUUUGUCCGCUAAUCCAUGCACACUGGAUGUGUCUCAAAUGGAGAACUUGCAUCAGUUCACUUCAAUAAGUAUACUAUGCAGAGUACACUCUGUAUACUACACUAAUCUCUAAUUUACUGUCAUUGUGCAUUUACCGGAAAUUAUGAUCACAAUAUUUACAGUCAUCUUCUUCUUUCCUUUUCAACCGUGAAUUGCAACCACUCAAGUUAGUUCCUCCCCUUCCGCUACGUAGUCAAAAAAGCGACUAUUGAGGGUGGUAUGUGACAUUCCCUGCAAACUCACCAAUUUAAGUAUUUUGAGUACAAAUCCGGGUACUGACAGUGUACUGCAUUUUAUUAUACUUCUUUGUGUGAAGGCACUUAUGUACUGACAAGAUUAAAUGUAAGUACAAAGGUGUAACACACUUUACGUACACAGGUGUAGGUGUAACAUGGUUACCUACUGAAAAGACUAAGCGUAAGUAGUAAGUACACAAGUGUAAAACUGUUAUGUACACAAAAAACUAAGUGUACAUGUACAAAUGUAACACUCUUAUGUACUCAAAAGACUAAGCGUACCUACGCAAGUGUAGCACACUUAUGUCCUCAAAAGACUGAGAUAAUCCACAAAUGCUAAGUGUAACUCUGCAAGGGUAACAAAAGACUAAAUGUAAGUAAGCAAAUGCAACACACUUAUGUACUAAAAAGACUAAGUGUAAGUACGCAAAUGUAACAGACUCAUAUUAUCAAUAUACUAAGGGCCUGAUCCAUGCAAACAUGUGCAAAUUUGAUUGUACCAAAAAAGCUGAUAUACUACGCUUGUGUGCAAAAUUCCCGGGCGCAGCCACCGCUGCUGCCCACUGCUCCCCUCACCUCCCAGGGGGUGAUCAAGGGUGAUGGGUCAAAUGCAGAGAAUAAUUUCGCCACACCUAGUGUGUGUGUGACAAUCAUUGGUACUUUAACUUUUUAACUUUAAAGGAUUGCGUCCCUUUAACUGAGCAAAUAAAGUAGCGCAAUCCAUACAGCGUGUUUGUUUUCAUGAAUAUGCAGAAUGUGUGCUGAUUAUCCCACAAUACUGGGAGGAGAAGAAUAUAAAAUAUAAUCAUUCAGCACACGCAAUGAGAUUUAUCAAAACUACAACUGUUCUGCGGACGCUAUUUUCAUAUUUAUUUAACAAACUGGCAUCGUGGCACACAUGGCUGUGAGAAAAGAGGGAAUCGCGCAGCAAAAACAGCUGGACAGCCCGAGAAUCCUUUGUAUGAUGUGCAUUUGUCAGCAGAUUUGGACUGUCAGAAAAAAAAUAUUCGAAAUACCUUCUUUUCAGCAAUAUAAUUUUAUAAUUUUAACCUAAGGAUCUGCUUAAAACUAAUCCAAUUGAUGCAUGUUGGUGUCUGCUGGCAUUUGUUUUAGUUCUGUUCGUUUUUUCACCAAGGAUAUCUAUAUUAUUAUAUCAGUGAUGGUAAAUGUGAUUCUUUUUACUGACUGUGGUACCUGUGGGUCAGGUACCAAAGUGAAUCAAUUCACUUGAUUCACUCCUCACAAAACGCAUGCGCAAAAGCUUGCACAUGGUUAAUGCACGCUAAGGCUCGCCCCCACUCGAUUCACUCAGCACAGAACGCAUGUGUAGAGCGUUGCACAGGAUUAGCCGUCAUCUGUGAACCGUCACAGGGCGCAUGCGUAGGGACUCACACAUAUGUAACAAGUCAUCCCAUUCAAUAACACCCACAAAAGUUAAUGCUGCACAACUUCAGCGGUAACAGCAUUGAUUCAACAAUUGUGAAACCAAUGAAAUAUAAGUUCACUUAAACUUGAUAAACUGCAGCCUUUAUUCACAAAUGUCACACAGUAUAUCCACAGUCGCAACAAUUAACAACGUUGUAGUUUUUGCCAACCACUCUUGUCUCUCUCUCUGCCUGAAUGCUUUCUUACGCAACUACUAAUAAUAUUAUUGCAAUUUGAAUGAGACCAAAAUAUCGCCAUUGUGGAAUAAGUAAAAGUCUAUCAUAUGUGACGGCAGAAGUGGUGCAACAGCACCUGUUGCUGGUUAAAAAGUAGUAUAUACAAAAGGAAAUACUCACAACUGUUUAGGCUUUUUGAGCGCUAUUCCAGUAACCAAAGUGGGCGCACCAUUGAAUGUGCACUACGUGUUAUAGGACACUGCAAUAAGGACUAUUUAUUUAUCUAUUUUCAAUUUGCUUAAAAAAAAACUCAGUAAAAAAGAAAAGAAACAAUAGUGCAACAUUACGAUAAUAUUUAACAGCGCAAAAUUAAAUAAAAUACCUAACCAUAACAUAGAGGACAACAGGCUAGCAUGGACACAAAUUCAGUUUUCAAUUAUUCCUUCCUGACUCGUUGGCGUUAAUGGCCCCGCCACCAAUGACCAGUGAUUGAGUGUCAGUGAAUCAUCCUUCAUGAUUGUUCAGUGACGAACAAUGAUUCAGUGGGACCCAUCGUUCACUUUGUAGUUCUUUCACUCACUAUCUGUGAUUCAGUGAGUCCUUGUCAAGCACCCGAGCUGUAACACAGGGAGUGAUUCAGAGAGUUGAUUUGAGGCAAUAAAUAUAUUUGUUGCUCUUUCUAUGGGGCUAAAGCAUUUAUAAAAGCACCGUUAGACUAACAGGGGCGUAUAUAUUUACAUAUUACAUGGUUUAUUCUCUCGAGUCACUGACCGAGUUAAUGGUGAAGACAACCCGUGAGUGCUGAUUCAGUAAAAAACUUGCAGGUUUUGAACAAUUUGUUCAUGACUCGCACAUCACUAUAUUAUAAUAUAUCUCAUAUAUGAAAAAACUAUAUGCAUUUUCUUGUGUUUGGAUCAUUUCAGACGCAUAAAUGCACUGCAGUGUUUUGAUGUUCCACCGCCUACCUACAGAGCGCACCAUCAGCGCGCUAAAAAUAGUUUUGGUUGUCUGUGGAUUGCGAUUCUAUAUUGCAGAAAAUGUGUUACACAUUAUAGUUGUGUGCUGUUUGUUCAACAAUGUACACAGAUUGGAGUGCAUAAUAACAUAAAUGUAGAGGGAAAUGAGUGUUUCCAUGGGCACGUAAUGCUGGUAGUAAAUGCAAAAAUCUCAUUUAAACAGGGCGGUCUGUGCUGCUUUUGCACUUGUUAUCAAUUGUUCACGCAGUCUUACAAUUACCCGCAACACGCCCACUAAUUGUACUCGCAAUUUUAUAGUUUGCACACGCUGUUUAACGCGUGUUAUUUGGAUCUUAGUAUAUCAGGCCCAGUGUGUAAGUACCCAAGUGUAAAAUACUAAGUGUAACACCCUUACGUACUCAAAAUAUUUAAGUUUAAGUACACAAAUGCACCAGUUGAGACACAUCCAUUGCCUUAGACUUGAGACUAACUCAGUUUUAACAGAGGAUGUUAGUCAACUCAUCUUACAUCCACACUUUUAUCUCCUCAAAUGGAAAACACUCUUUUUACAUGGCCGUGUAAAACUAGUACACUAAUGAAAACACUAAUUUAUAUUACCAAACAUUUUCCGUCUCUUCUCAGCACAAACAUGACAAUAGUUGUAAUGACCCUUUUUUUUAAACAUUUCUUUUCCUAUGAAUGCUGUAUUUUUCCAUGACAUGCGAGAAUUGUUUUGUCUUAUAGCAGGAUUGUGGCCCACAACUCAUUUUUAAAUUAUUCCUCAGCAUAUAAAAUAUAUAUACUGCUUUACAAUACAAAACAUAUCAAAUCAUUAAACAUGCAUCAUGUUGUUACAAAACAAAAUACAAAGAUGACUUUCUGGUAUAAUUUAUUUCAAAUUGAAAACAAUAUACAAAUGAUUUAAACAAUAUUAAAAAAGGAAAAACAUUUAUGUUAGUUAACUAUAAAAUAUACAUUAAUUCGGAAUUGUAUUAAAAUUUAAUAUUGAAAAACCUUGACUUUCAGCUCUGAAAAAAAUAUUAUUUGUAAGAUCAUCAGAAUUAACAGUUUCAAACUGAAAUCUACACAUUUUUGGAGUAUUUUAAUUUGUAAAAAUUACGUAAAGAAUUAUUAUGGAAAUUGUUAAUUAUAACUGUAGUUUAAUAGAUAUGUUUCAUUUUAAAAGUUUGAAUGUUUAGUAUGUUUGUUUGUUUUUAUUUGAAGCAAGGACACCUCUCAUCUGGGUAAUAUUAAGUAGAGACUCAUAUUGUAAUGAUGAUGACUUUACUAAUAUUAAAAAUCAUAAUUUCAACUGACUUGAAUGAAAAAGCAUCUUUCUAAACCAGUUGUGUAAAUCGUGAAUAAGAUCAAUCCUCUCUGCUCGCUGCUUUUUAUCUGAUCACUGUGCCAGUCUUGUCCUGAAAACCGUCAGCGCUAAUUUGAAAAUAAAGAAAGCUGCAGGAUAAAGUGUAAUGGCAGCGUUGAACAAGUUCACCUCCAUCUGCCUCACGCAGCACUAAGCUGCUCCUCAUCAUCACCUCAUCAACCUUACUGCAUAGACAAGGAUUGUGUAGAAAUUCAACAUAUAGGAGGAAAGGGUUAGCGUAAAGUGUACUUGAUGAUUGCUAACCAUCCUGCUUUUCAAAGGGAAAACUACAAUACUGGCUUAAGUCGUGUAUUUGCUCUUGUACAUCUACUUCAUUUACUACAUUUUCAUAACUGUAGGGUACCAGCUUUUACACACACACACACAUCAGUGUUUGCGCUUAAGAUCUCAGAUUUUUGUAAAUAAAUGUGAUUUUCAUGUGUUAUGAAUUGUGUUAUGUGUAAUAAUAUUGUGUGCAAUGUGAGUAAAUAACUGUUGGUAUUUAGUUAGUUGUUAAAUCUACUUUGAUUGAAUUGUGUUAUUUUUGUGUAACAUGUGAAUGGUGACAAUAAAUUCUUAUUGGUCAUGU